AUGACACUCUGCAAGACCUGCGACUCACUACCCAUCGGGGAGACUGAUAAAGCAACGCUCGGAGAGUAUAACGAGCUUGUUUCAAGAGCAGACGCUGGCUGCGACGGUUGUCGAUUCUUCAUCGCAGUUCUUCAGUCUUCUGGUACCUGGAAAUCCCGCUUGGAAGAAUUACCAGGGAAAGUGCUCUUCUUGGAACACCUUCGCUUGCAGGUUAAGAAACCGACCGAGUUGGGUAGAUAUAGAUACACUGUGGAUGAUUUGAAUUUCGAUAUUUGCGUUCCGGAAGGAGAAGAACACGAGGAACUUGACUCGGUGCGGAUUGUGCCUACAAACCCCUUAAAUGAGAAAUGCCUCAAUCAGAUCCGAUCGUGGGUUUCAGAAUGCUCUGGACAUAUGAAUUGCUCGAAAUCGAGGCCCGUUAGCCUCCCCAAAGUGGUCAUUGAAAUUCCCAGUGACGAAAAAGAGGCGCCCCAAGUCUGUCUUUCCGAAGGACGAACAGGUAACUACGCUGUUCUAAGCUAUUGCUCCGACAAUACUCCAGCUCUGCCAGUUUCAGAAACUACCAACUUUCCUAUUUCACUGGAUGUACAUUCGCUUCCGAAGACUGUAACGGACGCUAUAGAGAUCACCCGCCGAUUAGGAUAUCGUUACCUAUGGGUCGACGCGCUCUGCAUGAGCGGCCACAACUGGGACGAAAACAUACGGGCAUUUGUUUCCAUCUACAACCAAGCCGAAGUGAUGCUUUCAGCCACGAAUGGAGAAGAUGCUAACUCGGGUUUACUUCACGAAAGACAAGUGCUCUACUCCCCGGCAUUGGGCCUCGAGAAGAACAGAUAUCUGCGACAACAGCUGCUGCGGUGGGGAUCAGAUCUGGAAAACUCUCCGCUGGAGAAGCGCGGCUGGCCUUUUGUGGAACGCGCUCUAGCACCGCGGAUUGUGCAUUUUGGCAAACAUCAGAUGAUAUGGGAAUGCGUGGCAGGACUCAAGUACGAGGCAUCCAAGCACAAAAACAAUGAGAUCGGCAGUGGGCAGAUCCGAAUGCGGUAUCGAAAAGAGGUGGUCCAGCCCUAUAUCAAUAAGGCGCUCCUUGGCCACAGCAACAACGAACCCAUAAACAGCAACGAUCUCAAUCGAUAUGAGGCCUGGCACCAAUGCGUUGAUGAAUUCUCAGACCGAAAACUGAAAAGACCAGCCGACAAACUGCCCGCCAUGGCUCCGCUAGCUGGUCUUCUAGAUGACGGCUCCAUGGGGACGUACUUGGCCGGAGUCUGGAGCAACAACAUCGCCGUCGGUCUAGCUUGGGGACGACCUUGGGCUCUAUUCACCCCAUCGCCAGUUUACCGAGCGCCAAGCUGGAGCUGGGCCAGCGUCGAGGGCAAGGUAAGCUCGACGGUGCUUGGAUGGCCGGAGGACCUGAUGGAAGAGCAUUGCAAGGACCCAGCCUGGAUCAACAAGUACCAACCUAAACUGCUAUCACAUAGCGUGAUCCUCGAGGACCCAUCAAACCCCUACGGCCGGGUUUUAGAAGGCUCCUCCAUCACACUCGAGGGCAGCUGCAUUGGAUUCACGAGCCUUGCGAAGGCGCUUGGACCCACUCCUCAUUUUCAAGUAAUCCCACUCUUAGACGAAUCUCAGGCGUUCGAUUGCCAAUGCUGCGCUGGCCGAUCGGACGAGGACCAGGAGACAGAAAUGAAGAUAAAGGGCGAUAUCGAACACCAUAUCUGCAUGGUAUUGCAGGGGGAUGCAUGGAGAGUACAAGAGGAGUGGAAUCCACACCGGGGUUUCUGCGAUCUUCUCAUGCUGAAAGCUUUGGGCGACAUGACUUUCAAACGGGUCGGCAUGAUGCGUAUCAGUACCCAGGACCCCGAGCCUGCGCAUGCAGCGUUCGAUGCAUUGGAUUGGGAGAGGCGGGAGUUGAAAUUGGUUUGA